GCGAGUCAACCACUCCGCUCUGUUGCCAUGGGGACGGCGUAACUGCGCUCCGCUCGGCCCUCCCACCCGGGAGCUGCUGGGUCGCUGAAUGUUUUCUCGCGAAAGAAAAAAAAAUCUUGUCCUCAUUUUAUUUCCAGGGGCUCGUCUUGUGCGUCAUAGCAGCUUCCAGAAAGUGCUGCAAAGGUUUGUCGCGCUGCUUCACGCGGUAACCGAGGCGGAUUGACACGAUCUACAGUUGUCAUAUCCAGCCAAGUAAAUAUUCAAACUCACAGAAGGAGACACGUUCCUCACGCAGGAACAUGGAAUCCUUCUUGAGCCGGGAGGUCGAGCUGUGCAAGAAACACAAGGACAUGUAAACUUGAUAAAAGAGCAGCUCUGCUACGUCAGAUGGAAAGCCACAAGAAAAAUCAGAAUGAGGAAAAUCAGCAGAAAAUGACGUCUGAAGCGUCCCAUGCGAGGAACUUGGCCCUCCUCAAGGAUCUGCAGAUGUUAGAAGAGCGACUCCAUCAGAACAUAAUCGCCCCACCGCCCCCUCAUUUUAUCAGCUUGAAGGCCAAGUACAUGAAAUCGGUGGAGGAGAGCCUUCCGCAGCAGGAACAGUCUCUUUCGGAUAAAGCAGAGUCACCAAGCGAAAGCAAAGAAGGAGGUGGAAAGCCAAAGUCGAGACGCUCUUCUCCGCGUAAAUCGAAAACCUCAUCACACGGACGACCUCCUUCUGCACGCAACUGUGAUACCUUAUAGUUAAUGACCACCUGUAGGCAUAAAGUGAAAGGUGACGGCUGUGAACUGGUCCCGAGUCCUCGGGUGUUUCUGCUCAUUCAAAAUCAGACGACCUCAUCCAGGCAACCCAGCCAGAGUUGAUCAGUCGGACCACUGGACCUCCCUCAUUGUUCUGUGCCAUCACUGAUCAUCCUCAUUGCCUUCUCCUUUGUAAGCUCAACCACAUCCAACUGGGUCAGAACUUUACAACCAGGGGGUGCCCAUCUCUGUUAGCUCAAGGCAAGCGUUACCUCCUCCAGGGUAUAGCGAGUUCUGUCAUGGUCGCCUUUUUAGUCGAGGCUGAGAAGAUGACCAUCUCCGGACAGAGGGUUUCUAUGGCACUGCGUUACCCAGAUGUACACUCGGCUGAGGUGAGGCGGCCUGCUGCUGAUCUCGGCUGUCAGAUGAGCCGUUCUCCGGCCCUGAACAAGGAGGAGAUCUUCUUCGGGUAGAACUGCUAACGUUCUAAAGAAUGGUGGAUGCCAAUUGAUUUUGUGUUUCAACUUGUUUGAUAGAACAGUGUGAUCAAUGAGGGUACUGAAAUUUUGUGACCAUGUCUUUUAAAAUAAUUCAUAUGUUCCUGCAAGGUGCAGCAAGUAUCACAUGUCAAUCAUUGAUUUGGUGAAAUGAUACUCUGGUAGUCAGCUGCAGAUCAAAAAAAAAAUGGCUUUAUGAACUCAGUUAACGUUCAUCGAAAUUAAUCACAAAAUAUGCAAGUAGUUUGGUUUUCAGAAUGCUUGGCUUCAGCUACGAAGGUGAUUUUAUUAUACAUACACCAGUAACGGCGCUCUGCACGUUAUACCCUUGACGUGAGCGUUCCUAGUUUUCCUCCUCUUUCUCUGUAUGUUUAUCAUUCGUUUGCUUAGAGGUCGAUGCACUUGUUCCUUCCUGAGCAGCUCUUCUUCUCUCCACCCUAGCGGCCCGCUUCUUCUCUUCUUUCGUCGGCAUCUUUUUGCGUUGACACUGAUGAAGUCAGUGUUUGUGUUGCAAUUACUUUGUACAUUUUCUUUAAUUUUUUACUUAAGCUGGCACUUAAGUCUUCAAUCUGCCUCAAGAAUGAUUUAAGCUAUGAAGAGGUAGGGGAAGUGACGGCAAAGGUGGUAGGGAUGAGAACGGCACCCAUACGCAUGUGCCACCCUGCUGGCCACUGUCGAGUGUUGAUUCUACAAUAAAAUAAAAAGAGGGAAUAACCUUGGAGGUCAAUCAUCGCCCCGAAAGUGGAUAGUAGACGUCAUAUAGUGUAUGUGUACCACAUUUCACGUCAAUCGGUCAUACGGUUUACGAGUUACAGGUGAUUUAAAAUCCUGGACAGACAAACGAACAGCCAUGGUAGCGUAUUAUAUACAGUAUAAAGAAAGAUAGAUAGACAAGGUACUAUAGAACAGAUAGAUGUGAAAGGCACUAUACAAAAGAGACGGGAAGCCGUGUGUGUGUCACAGUUAUCUAGAAACUGAAAGGUGCUAUGCUGUGUUACAUUGCUAAAGACAUUCAUGGUGGGACGCUCACAGAGGGCUACCACAGCAGUGCUGGCCAUUAGAGCUUUGUACACAG